CUAAAAUAACAAUAGCCCCAGCACGUGGCAGCCCACCUUCAUCGGGUGCGAGUAACAGUAGCAGAUUCGUGUUUGGUUCGGCGUUGAACACUUGGUCGGGCUCGCCGUCGGCCGCCGUUCACCGUUGUCAGCCGUGCGGGGUUGUUGUCCGUCAAGUAUUGAAGAAGAUAACUUAUCGGCAGCUUCAAGGAAUCCUUGUGGAGUUUGCUAGAUGUUCUGAGUAAAUUAUCAUCCUACAUGAAUCUCUUCAGAUUUCGCCAGUUAAUCCUGUGUAACAUGCUUAUGAAGAUAUCCGACUUCAUGUUUGGUUAUGUCUUCAGCUAUUGUUAAAACAGGCAAGCCGGUUGUUACGUGCAGAACACUCAGCUAAUCCUGCUUUCAUGACUACCAAGAUGCCAAACCCCCUCGGGCUUGUGAUUUCUGCCACUGAAUCUAUUAUCUCAUUUCUCUCCGUUGCUUCCAAGGACCCGAGCCUUUCUGAGGAACUCCAGCAAACUGCUUCAAAUCUGUUGAGGCAACCUAAUGUACCAUACAUGUCACUUCGUGCCAUCUGGAUGGCUUCUGAUCCAUUGACAAGACCUGAUUUGAUGCAGCUCUUCUCUGGAACCCAGUUUCUCUUCUCCAGUCCCAAGCCCAGAGAGAAGAGUGAAGAAUUGAAGGCGAGGUUGAAAAAACUUGAAGAUUUAGCAGAGAAGAAAGCAUAUCAAGAACUUGUGAAGGAUAUUGCACCGAAGCAGGAUGUCAAUGAGCCAUUCUCUUCUUACAAGGAUCAAUUAGGGUUUGGAUUGCAUGUUGCGCUUACUAUGUUUACUGGCUAUCUGUUUGGAUAUGCGGCAUUCAGAGCUUUGUUUAACCACAAUCCUGCUAUGAAUGCUGCCGGAGGAGUUCUAGGGUUGGUGGGUGGCAUGCUUGUUGAGACAUUUCUUUUCAUAAUCCGAAGUUCCAAUGCAGAUAUAAACAAAACGAGAAGUUCCACUGCGAAUAUAAACAAAAGAAGUUCCAAUCAAGAACUCAAGUCAUCCGUUGGCACUUCCAAGUUAAAGAAGAACCAAUAGACUUGACAAGAUUUGGUGGCUUCUUUUAUAUUUACAUUGACAAAUUGACCUGAUAGAGCAAGGCAGCAGAAAUAUAUAUGCUAGUCCAUACAAAAUAUUAAAUGCUGUGUCAGUU